UGUAGCGUAAAUUCUCGCUCGACCACGAUCAUAUGUUGUGGAUGUACGGUCUCGCCAUUUUCACCAAAGCCGUAGCGUGAUUGAGUUUUGUUUUGUUUGUUUGUUUUAAAGAAAGGCUCUUUUAAUCUUUGGAUAUUUCACCGAACGAAUAAAACUAUGGGAAACUGCCAUACGGUUGGACCAAACGAGGCUCUGGUAGUCUCAGGUGGUUGUUGUGGAUCUGAUAAUAAGACCUACACAGUUGGAGGAUGGGCUUGGGCAUGGUGGCUUCUCACAGACAUUCAAAAGAUAACACUAGAGAUUAUGACCCUGCAGCCCAAGUGUGAGGAUGUUGAGACAGCGGAAGGGGUAGCGCUUACAGUCACAGGGGUGGCACAGGUCAAGGUAAUGACAGACCCCGAGCUGCUAUCUCUUGCCUGUGAACAGUUCCUGGGUAAAUCAGUGAUUGAAAUCAAGGGGGUCAUCCUGCAGACCCUGGAGGGUCAUCUGCGCUCCAUUCUAGGCACCCUGACGGUGGAGCAGAUUUACCAGGACCGAGAUCAGUUUGCCGGUCUGGUGAGGGAGGUGGCAGCUCCUGAUGUGGGUAGGAUGGGUAUCGAGAUUCUCAGCUUCACUAUUAAGGAUGUCUAUGAUAAAGUGGAAUACUUGAGCUCAUUGGGAAAGACCCAGACAGCAGCUGUGCAGAGAGAUGCAGACAUUGGAGUAGCCGAGGCGGAGAGAGAUGCUGGAAUCAGGGAAGCAGAAUGCAAAAAGGAAAUGAUGGACAUAAAGUUCCUGGCAGACACUAAAAUGGCCGACUCAAAGCGAGAGCUGGAGAUGCAGAAAGCUGCUUUCAACCAGGAAGUGAAUACAAAGAAAGCUGAGGCCCAGCUGGCGUAUGAGCUGCAGGCAGCUAAGGAGCAGCAGAAGAUCCGUUUAGAGGAGAUUGAGAUCGAAGUGGUGCAGAGAAAGAAGCAGAUCACCAUUGAGGAGAAAGAAAUCGCCCGAACAGACAAGGAGCUGAUCGCCACAGUGAAGAGGCCGGCUGAGGCAGAGGCCUACAAGAUGCAACAGCUGGCUGAAGGACAAAAGGUUAAGAAGGUAUUGACAGCACAGGCUGAAGCAGAGAAGAUCAGGAAGAUUGGAGAGGCUGAAGCAGCCUCUAUUGAAGCUGUGGGCAAAGCUGAAGCUGAGAAGAUGAAGCUAAAAGCUGAAGCUUACCAGCAGUAUGGCGAAGCAGCGAAAACUGCACUGGUCCUAGAGGCAUUACCCAAGAUUGCUGGAAAGGUGGCGGCUCCGUUGGGCAGGACCAACGAGAUUGUUAUUCUGAGCGGCGAUGGUAGCCGCGUAACUGGGGAAGUAAGCCGUCUGUUGGCCGAGCUGCCGGUUACAGUGAACGCCCUCACAGGAGUCGACCUGUCAAAGAUGCCUUUGUUGCAGAAAAUGACCAGUGCCCAUGCAUGAAAAUCCUUUACCUCAUUGGCCUUUUAGACACAGUUUAAAUGCACUCCUUAAUGCCUUACCAGGACAUUCUGUCCUGGCUGAAAGAGGUCUUGUUUUAUCCUUAGUGCCAUUUAUGUCUAGGACCAGACUGCCCAUUGUUUAGAAUUUAUGUUCCUGUGUUAUUCAUCCAUUGUUCCAGGUUACUUGUAUUUCUUAUGCCACCUAAAUGGUGAAGUUAUACACCAGUUCUUGCAUUUGCAGGUUACUCUUAUCAUGACUGCAAUGCAUAAGUGAGUUUGCUCUCGAAUGGGAUCAAUUUUAAACUUUUUACUCUUUUACCCUACAUGAUUUGGGCAGUGAGUAAAUAAAAAUUAAAAAGACUGGUAUGUAGAAAAAGAGAAAGACAGUUGUUUUGCAGUUUAUACUUGAAAAAGGGAUUAACCUCAGCCGUUACACAAACACUUGUUCAACUAAACUGCAUCAGGUGAACACACACCAUUUUCUUUUCUUUUUAUGCAUUUAAAAAGUCAGUAAUAAUCAGUUUACUAUACAACUGACAAAUCACUAUAAAAUGCAACAUUAAAAAGUGCAACCAAAAUGCAACAUUAUAAACAUGCAUACAUUUAUGGUCUUGUAAGCAAGAGUCCAAAUUCUGCAUUUUUUGUGACGUUUGUGUAAGUUGAUGUCACUUGAAAUCACACAUUUAUAUGAUAGAUAUUUAGUUGUUUAAAUGUAGAUUUAGCAACAGUUAAUCACAUAUGUGUCUCCUGCCUAAAUUAGCUUUAGCGAAAGUAUAUAUACCUACAAUUUAGUAUGUGUAUGAAACUUAAACACUCUUUUAUUUUAUUUUAUUUUUAUUUGUAUUGGUGUUGAUUUAUGAUUUUUAUGUCAUCGUUUUUUCAGUUAGAUAUUAGGUUUGAAGUUAAUGUCAGGGUUAAACAAAGCUCGGACAAGGGAGUUGUGUAUGAAAUAGCCUAGAAAUGGCUUGUUGCUGAAUAUUGCAAAACGAAAAUUAUAUGUAUGUUUUAUGUGUUCAAGAAUAAUGUUUGCUAAUACGUGUGCUGCUCAAGUCGUCCAGUGCUUAAAUGUGAAAGUCCAAUAUACAGAGCAUCCUGUGCAGUUCAAGCAAUUCAAAUGCGUAUUAUCAAACUUUCAAGAAAGAACACAGUUCUUCGGGAGUACAGUAGUGUAGGGGUUCUUUUAGAGCCUAUCAAGUUGGACCCAAUAUUCGCCUCCCAGUAUAUUUUCUUUUUUUUCAGUUUAAUAAGAGACCUGAAGCUAAUAGUCAGAGUUUCACUGUGGACUUCAGUACAUACUUUUUCUGUUCAUUUAUUGUUUUUACUGAAAUUGUUUUACUGUUUUGAAGGACAUGUUUGAGUCAAGAUACAAAAAAAAGUACAAUUUUUUUUUCUAAUUUUAUAGUUCUAAAAAUUAUAAAUAAAUGAAUGUAGACAGAAAAAGAACUUGGUUGUUAUGCCAACUUACUGAAAAGAUUUUCAAUUUAAACAUUUAAAUUUCAGCCAAAUGUAUCAGGUAUUUCUAACCUUUGCUUAUUAUUUUUGAGAAUGCUAUGACGUAUAUAUCUGUCUGUGUAAUACAUUAAAUACUGUACGGAAAGCAACAAAGACUAUGCAAUAUUUUCUAAUCAUCUAAUAAGUGAUUCCUUGUUAAACACGUGAAUUAAUGCUUUUGACUCCCUUUAAAUAUUGUUUUUCUUUAAUUACGUCAUGUUUAACUAACACUGAGAUGACAUAAUGUGAAAAGACUUUCGCUACUGUAUACCUAUACCUCACCCAUAUUGCAAAAUUAAACAUAGCAGUUUAUGUACAAAGUUGUCUAAUAUCAAAUGAGAAUAAAAUGCUUGCCAGAAA